UUUUAUUUCAUGCAAAUUUUUAUUAAGACAUUAGCAGGCAAAAAAGUCUCUUACAAUAUUGAAGCUGAUAAUACUAUUCAAUAACUUAAAAUGUAAUUAUAAGAAAAAGAAGGAAUCAGCUCAGAAUAAUUUAAAGUAUGUAUUCAAAUACUAUUAUUUUAGCUCAUCUUUAAGGGAAAACAUUUAUAAGAAGAAUAUAAAAUCUCUGACGCUUAAAUGUAAGCUGGAGAUACUGUACAUAUGGUCAUUCAAUUAAGAGGAGGUUUUUGAAUAUACCAUGAAACAUAUAAAUGCAUAAUAAAUUCUUUUAUUUUGUUUUGCAAAG